AUGCCAUUUGAUUCUAUAAACAAUAAAGGAAUGACAGAUUUUCUAAAGGUGCGUAGAGAGAGAUACUCACAAGUGUAUGGCCAGGCUACAUGCCGAAAUAAUGAAAAAAUUCCAAAUAAAUUCGAGCACAAUCAUAUUCCGGAUAUUGCUCAAACUGAGUCACGAAAAAUUGUUAACGAAAUUAAGCAUAAAGCGAAAACAACUAUCGAUACUCCCAGUAUGAUUAUCUCGGAGAUAUCGGCAAAUCUAGAUGAAUCCAUCGCAAUGAAGAUUCCUAACUCCAGCCUUAUUAAAAGGAUAAUACACCGUACAAGAAGCUCUCACAAUCAUCCACCACCGUGCCCAACUUCUUUGGCCGAAUUAAUUUUACCCUACGAAUAUACUAUAACCGAGAAAGGCGAGAAUUUUAUCAUUCAUGAUGAUGAGAUAAACGAGCGACUUUUAAUAUUCUCCACUGAUGGGAAUCUUGAAUUUCUCUCCUCAUGUGCGAUGUGGUUCGCCGAUGGUACUUUUAAAUGUACACCUCCUCUUUUUCAUCAACUUUAUACGCUUCACGGAGUAAAAAAUAAAACGGUUUUCCCCCUAGUUUACAUAUUAAUGACCGGUAAAAGGAGUGAGGAUUACAAGCGAGUUUUUGAAAUUAUUCGAUCAUAUGUAACAAUCUCUCCUGAUUUUAUAAUGACCGAUUUUGAGUUAUCGGCAAUCAAUGCAUUCAAAUCGGUCUUCCCGUUAACGAAACAAAGAGGAUGUUUAUUUCAUUUUGGUCAAAGUUUUUGGAGAAAAAUACAAAGGUUUCCAGAAAUAUCAAUGCAAUAUAAAACCAAUACACAAUUUUGUUUAUUUUUAAAAAUGAUGGUAUGUUUGGCCUAUGUGCCAGAAACAGAUGUUACAAUGGCUUUUGAGACAUUAAUAAUGUCUCCGUUUUAUCAAGAAAAUGUUAUUUUACAG